UUCUAUAAGCUAUAUGUUCUUAAGAAAUAAAUAUAAAAAAUAAAUAACGAAGAUGAUAGAGCUGAGAAAAAAUCGUUUUAAUAUGAUGUUUUCCUACAUUUCAAUGAAAAAGUCGUUAAGUAGAAAAUUUGAAAUAACUUUCACAUGUUUUAAGAUAUAACCUUUAUUUGUUUUUGUUUUAAAGGUCUAAACAAGAGUAAACUUUUGUCCGAACAGAAUCUUUAUAUUUGAUUCGUGGGUUAAGAAAAGUGAAAUUUACUUUUGUGGAAUCACUGUUUUUUAUGUUGACUUUCACACCAUGUAUACUAAAAUACUCAGAAAAAAUGAAUGAAGGGGUGUUUAAAAAUUCUGUUCGAACAAAAACUGCACACAGAUGUUAACUUUAAUUUGAAAGCAACCCAAUCCCUCCAUCUCUUUUAAUGACCAAGUUAAAAAAAAUUCCUCGGAAAGCUAAACAUCGAGCCAGAAAUUUGAUUCUAGUAACGGAUAUCGUCCUGAAAUUUUUAUCAAAAGUGUUUCUCACUAGGACUACUCAUCCCUAAAAGUUUCAGUCCAAACGAGUCAUUCUAAGUGAGAAAUCCAUUGUGAAGGAAGAGGAUUCUUAAUACAUUUGGCGCAUUCAAGUUUUUGCAGACUUUUCUCUUUUUUUUUUAACCGAAUUUUCCUAAGUUCUACAACAGAAGGAUUAUUCAAACAUAGUGAGAACAAUAUUUUUAGAGGUAACUCGAAGAGUUCUAUUUAACCACACCAAAAAAUGUGAAACAAAUUUUGCUUAAAUUUUGCAUUGCCGGCAUCUUAUAAAAGUGUUAAAUUGAGGUUGAGAUUUGUUUUAAAUAAGUUAAAGUAAAAUGAUAUACUUUGUCAAAAUAAAAUCUAAAUUUGUUUUUCUAUUUUAGCAAAAGAAAUGGAUAAUUAUGAUGUAGUUCACGAAUUGGAUUCAAUUGUUUGUUUUAGUCAAGCAGAAUAUAUUUCAGAAAGAAAAGAUUUAUGUAAAGAAAACGGUGGUUCAGUAGAUGCAUGUUGGUCAUCUUCAUUUUAUAAAGUAUGUCAUGAUAAUGAACGAUUACUUUAUGGUACGGGUAAACAAAAUUCAGAUGUCUUUAUUCGAGCAAAAACAGCUCGUAUUAUUUUAUUUACAUCUGUUGGAAUUUCAAUGAUUUGGCAAGGUGUAGAACUCGAAGAAUCAAAAGCAAUGAUUUAUGAUCAACCAAAGAAGUUUCAUAAAUGGCGUAUGAUGUGUAAUUAUAUUUCCCAUGAAAUUUCAACAUUAGAACUUUUUCCUGAUGAACUUUUCUUAGAAUUAUUUUCAUUUAUUAAUCCAAUUGAUCUUUAUCAUGGUUUUAUUAAUCUUAAUUCACGUUUAAAUAAUAUUUUAAAUGAUAUUCGUAUAUGUAUUCAUAUUAUUAAUGAUGAUCAAUACGAAGAUUAUCAAACAUGUUUAAAUCAUUUUGCUUAUCAAAUUAUUUAUCUUGCUAUUGAUUGUCAUUGGUCUCGUUUAUCUUAUAAUAUAAAUCUUCAAUCAUUUGUUAAUCUACGUUCACUUUAUUUACCUAUGCCAACUGAUGAACAAUGUUUAGAAAUUACAUCGGAUAAUCUACCAUUUUUAACUAAUUUAACUAUAAAUGAUAAUACAUUUAAAUCAAUUCUAUUUGGUUCGGAUCUAUUUUCACAUCUUGUUACAUUGUGUGUUCCACGUAUUGAUUCAUCAAUUUUAAAACAAAUAGAAUCAAUGCAAUUGUGUUUAACUCUUCAUUCUCUUUAUUUAGGUUUCUGUACAAUUAUUGAUGUAUUGAAUAUUCUUCCAUAUUUACCAAAUUUAAAUUAUUUAGACAUUGCUUUAUUACCAAAUAAUAAAACUAUUCAUCAGUCUGAUGUAAAACAUAAAAAUAUAUCUCAUUUAAAAGUUAAACUUCGAAAACUUGAUCCUGACCUUGAAAUUUUAUUAAAAUCAAUGUCUAAUCUUCAUCGACUCGAAUUCCUAUGGAAUGAAUCUUAUACUGGCAUAUGGUAUAAUGGACCAAAUAGUUUUAAUUUUGAAAAAUUUUCUGAUAUUCUUGAAAAAAAUUCUGUUUCAUUAAAACGUAUUGAUAUUCAUAUUCAUAUUUCAAGAUGUGAUUAUGAUAUUGAUUAUAUUCGUCAUUUAAAUCUACAAUGGUUUUCAUCACUAAACAAAAUAAAAAUAACAAACAAUGGUUCAUUUUUUAUUACAACAAAGAAACUAUCAACAGAUGCAGAAGAAAAAAUGAUUACCACUUUAUUACAAUCAACAUAUAUGACACAAAGAAAUACACGUAUUCAUCGAGUAAAAAUAAAUAAAGUUUAA